GUCUUUCGAGUAUUUGCAAGGCAUGUGUCGCCAAACUAAUGGAGAUGCUUUCAGAAUUUUCUUGUGUUUUUUUGUGUGUUUUCUUCUGUUGCAGCGCAGUGACACCUAGCGGCCACCGUAGAUUCAAAUAGUUAACGGAACAAUAAAUCUGUAAACAAUAUGCCAUAUAGGUUAUAACCUAUAAAUACAUUUACCCUGGGAAUCAGAAAAAAACCUUUGGGUUACAAGUUAUUUGAGGUGCGUCAAAUAUCAUAUAGUUAGUAUAGUCAGGUGGAAAAGUAAAGAGAUGCAAAUUUGGCCUGAAAUGAAAAUAUGAACUAACCCUGGCUUGAACAUAACCUGCUCCGUAUCAGGUUAUCUUCAGAGAGUCGGUUGCUAUGGUAACUUACAUACCCAGAAAGUCACAUCCGUAUUUGGAACCGCAAGUGGAGGUUAUCUUGGUAUGUCACAUAACCAGCUUUCUGGAAUACUUCUCAGCUUUGUAUUAACGUCAUGCCACAUAAAUUAGGUUUAACCCAUGAGACUCUCAGAGCCCAAGAAUGAACCAAGGGAGCAUUGCUUGUUUGUGGACCGCGUUGCCUCAGCACUGCCCUGCACCAUGUGACCGUUACAAGCAUGCUUCGUGUGCCCACAGAGGCCAUGUCUACUUACUGGGAGGCAGAGAAAAAUGCUCACUGAGAGAUUUCUGGAAAUAUAAUGUGGCAUGUAACACGUGGGCUGAGCUUCCCUGUCAUUGCGAGGAGGCACCUGAAGAACUAGAGGAGCAUACCAUGGUAGGACAUCAGGGAUUUCUUUACGUCUUUGGGGGAAUGCAAGAUUCUGCAUAUAGCAACUCAAAAAUACCUCUUUGGGUCUUCGAUACAGUAAGUGAAUGCUGGAUUAACUGGAAAACUGGGAUUGAAACGGUACAGGGAACGACACCAGCAAAUAGGAAAGGGCAUAGCGCAGUCAUCUUUGGGUCAUGUAUGUAUGUCUAUGGUGGAUACGUUGAUAUUAGAGGGUCAACAAAGGACUUCUGGAAAUUUAAUUUGGAUUACAAAGUGUGGUCGCAACUUAGCCAUGUAAAUGGUGGUCCUGGUCCCAGACAUGGUCAUUCAGCUAUUACACACCAGGAUUGUAUGUACAUCUAUGGUGGCCUUCAGGGACUGAGAGAACAGAAAGACUUGUGGAAAUGGAGUUCUACCAGUCAAACCUGGAGCUUCAUCAAAUGCUUUUCAGGUCCCUCAAAACUAGUUGGCCACACUGCCGUGUUGUUUAAAGAAAGCAUGCUUGUCUAUGGUGGAGGAGAAACGCAGAGUUCACCUCAGAAUAGUUUGUGGAGUUUUAACCUCACGACAACGACCUGGAAGAAGCUUCCACUCCUAACUGGAUCUACCUCUCCAUGUCUGGUCCAUCACUGCAGCGUUGGUCUAGGUCCUGGUUUUCAGCCAACUGCUCCACACAGUGUCCAUUCCAGAGAAAUACCCAACUCGCACAACAUCAAUAACAAGCGAAGACCCUUUAAAAACAAGUGCUUACCCACAUUGCAAGAAAACGGCAUUGAACUCCAGACUCUCGAACUGGAAAAUAGUAAGUGUUCGCCUGAUUUUAGUAUUGCACUGAAAGAGGCUAAGAUAAAAGGCAGCUGUCUCACAUUUGAGAACCAGGAGGCUGUCAGUGAGAAAUGGAACAGUGGUCACCUGGCAGAACAAAAAGAGGACGCCAUGCUUCUCCAUGUGCCAGACUUGCUUUUAGUCCUGGGAGGUAAACCUUUACAAGGACAGCAUGGGAUUUCAGUGUGGCAUAUGACAAUGGCAUAAAUCUUGAAGGAGGAGAGUUCAGUUAUUUGCAGUGUCUGUUACUUUCUCUGUGAGAAAUGAGACUUUUGUAACAAUAUCCACAUCCUGUGGUAGAAUGGUUGCAUUAAAAUGGAAUUCAGUCUUGUACAAACUC